UUUCCGCUCACAAAACGCAACCAAAGCAAAGCAAAGGGAAAACAAAACGAGCGACACAAAACAGCACCAUUUGGUUCUCUGCCUCUUUCACCGAUCGUCCAUGCUCACUCAUCUGCCUCUGAUUCCCGCCGCCACCUCACCGUCAACCCUCCCCUUCCGAUCCCCAAAGAUGUUCAAGGAUCUGACAAUCCUAUUCCGCUUUCACCACAAUGGCUUCUGUCAAAGCCAGGGGAGAGUAAGCCUGGAAUAGGAACUAUGGAAAGUCAUCCUGCCCCAUAUCCAGCUCAUAGAGGUUGCCCCGAAGUCAUGAAGCCAUUGGGAAAUGGCGAGGGGAUGCAUGAUACCCAAAAGAAGGAUGUUUUUAGGCCAUCCUUGCUUGAUAUGGAAACAGCGCGAGAUCGCUGGCUUGAUGAAGAACGAGAUACCCAUUCAUCUGUGCGCAAAGAUCAUUGGAGGGAUGGUGAUAAAGAGCUUGGUGACACCCGCAGGAUGGAUCGAUGGGUAGAUAACUUGCCAUCAAAACAAUUUGGAGAAGCACGCCGUGCACCCACUGAGCGGUGGACUGAUAACAAGGAAUCAAAUUAUGAUCAAAAGCGUGAGAGCAAAUGGAACACACGCUGGGGGCCUGAUGAUAAAAACAUUGAAAGGUCGCGAGAUAAGUGGGCUGACUCUGUAAGAGAUGGUGAUUUGCCUCUUGAAAAAGGGUUGUCUCCUCUUUCCAGUCAGGGAAAGGAUGUGAGGGAGGGUGAUCACCAUCGGCCAUGGAGAUCCACCUCUUCUCAAAGUCGAGGAAGGGGAGAGCCUCCUCAUCACCAAAUACUAACUCCAAGCAAGCAGGCUCCCACGUUUUCUUACGGCCGGGGACGUGGAGAAAGUUCCCACCCUUCAUCAUAUUCUGGUAGCCAUGGAAGGGGAAGUUCUGGUGGAAACUCAGGGGCUAGUAUAACUUCUCAUCAUCAAACUCUAGGAAUCAUAUUUGACAAGCGCGAUUUCGACCAUGGGGAGCCAUCCCCUUUAAGAUAUGGUAGGAAAAAAUUGCUUGAUGUAUAUAUGAGGACUGACAUGAGAGUUUACCAAAAACUUGUUGAAGAGCUUGUAUCGGUGCCUUCUCUUGCUCAGAAUGAACCAUUAGAACCUCUAGCUCUUUGUGCUCCUAGUCCUGAUGAAAUGCUUGUUCUAAAGGGAAUUGACAAAGGGGACAUAACAAGUAGUGGUGCUCCACAGAUGCCUAAAGAUGGACCUGUCUGCCAGAACUCUACAGAGUUUACUCCUUCAAGACGAAACAAGAUUGGCAGUAGAGAAGAUUUACCAACUGCCAUUGAUGAUUCUAAAGAGGAAAGUUCUGACAUUCCAAACAGCAGUUAUUCACAGAAUGAAAAGCAUAAGGGACACCCAGAUACUAAAUUCAAAUAUGAAGUUGUGGAGAAUAGGGGUCCUUACAGAAAGGGUGAUGAGGUGCCCAUAGAUAUGGAAUCAAGUAGACAAGUAACUAACUCUGUUAAUCCCGGCACCAUGUGGAGAACCUCUUCGUUUGGAGAACAAUCACCUGCGGUCAAACAGCCAAAUGAUGUCAGGUCAAGAACCCCCGACAUGAGCUGGUCACAACCACAGAAAGAUAUGGUUAACCAACGAGAAAGUAAUGUAACAAAUUCAUCCUAUUCUAGAGAUGGAGAAAAUUGGCAAUCCAGUGAGGAUCCUAUCCUUAAGAGGCAACCAUCCGGUGUUUUGGAGAGGGAACCUGAGCCUAGGAAGCUGCCUGCUCCGGAGGAGCUUAUCCUUCACUACAAAGAUCCUCAAGGUGAAAUUCAAGGCCCUUUUUCUGGAAUUGAUAUCAUAGGCUGGUUUGAGGCAGGAUAUUUUGGGAUAGAUUUGGAAGUUCGGCUCGCAAGUGCACCGAAGGACUCACCAUUUUCAUCACUUGGUGAUGUAAUGCCCCACUUAAGAGCUAAAGUACGGCCACCACCUGGAUUUAGUGUAUCAAAACCAGGUGAAUUAUCAGAUUUUUCAAGAAAACCAAAUUUUAGUAGCCUUGGGAAAGUUCAUACUGGUGCAAGUGAUACUGAUAUAAUCGGAAAUGAGCCAAGGCCUGCAACAGAAGCUGAAAAUAGGUUUUUGGAGUCGCUCAUGGCUGGUGGCAUGAGUAAUCCACCCCAAGGUCUACAAGGAUAUCUUCCAAAUAAUCCUGGUAGCAUUCCGGCAUCUGGAAUAGAAAAUGAGAGUGAUCUCUAUCUCUUGGGUAAGAGAAUGGCUCUGGAACGGCAGAGGUCAUUACCCAAACCCUACCCUUAUUGGCCAGGGAGAGAUGCUGCAUCUUUGGUUUCAAAGCCAGAUAUCAUCUCUGAGUCUCCUGCAGCUCAAGCAAAACUCCUCAAGUCAUUGACUGACAACACCCUUCAGCCACCUCAUCCACAAACUGUUGAUUUGAUGUCCAUCCUACAAGGAUCACCUGACCGGUCUGCUCCUGCAGUAAAUUAUAGUGUUGGGGGUUGGUCAAAUUUUCCUGCACAAGGUGUAUCGGAUCCUCUUCAAGAUAAGAUUGAGUUACAUCAUACUCAAAAUUUUCCUACCCAAGUGCCCUUCGGGAUCCAACAAACUCCUACCCCAUCUUCCUUGACUAGUUUGCUUGGUCAAACUAUGGAUAAUCCAUCUGGCAUUUUAAAACCUGAAAGUGUAAUCUCGUCAACUUUAUCUCAAGAUUCCCAACUGCUAAAUAUGUUGCAGCAGCAGUAUUUAAUGCUGCAGCUACAACCCCAGACACCAGUACAACAAGCACAGCAUAUGCUGCUGCUUGAAAAGAUCAUGUUUCUUAAGCAGCAACAGAGACUGGAGGAACAGCAAAAGUUUCUACGGCAACAACAAUUGCUCUCACAGGUUUUGCAAGAACAUCAAUCCCAGCAGCAUUUUGGUGAACCCUCUUACUUACAGGCUUCAAUACCAACAGGGAAUUCAUCCAUGGAUCCCAGUCUACUUAAACUGUCGUCACAGGAUAUUCUUCAGAGUGGUUCACAGAUCUCUGGCACCCAAGAUGAACAUGCAUUUAACUUAGUGAAUCUGUCACCACAAGUCUCCAGGGAUACGAGUUAUGCUGUCAGUUCUGGAUCUCAGCCCGUGCUUCUACCACAUGAGAUGCACAGUAGUAUAAAUUUUGAGAAGAGCUUGGGGACUAAUGCACCAGAACUGGUUAAUGGUAUCCAACAGUCUUUACCAGUGACAGCAAUCAUUGAAAACUCACCCUCAUUGGAAGUAAACCUAUCCACCCAGAUGGCUUCUGACUGCCAUGCUGUUACUUUGGAGCAGCCAUGGGACUCUGCUCGGAAUAUUGAUGAAAUUGCACCAGCUCUACCUCUUGUGAAUGAUGCAAUUUGUGGAACCUUGGAACACCAUGAAACUGCUGUUGCUAGAACCUGUAAAACUAAUACACCUAAUGAGGAUGUCCAACCUACUGCUGCUAUCGAUGAACUGCAAGUUCAAAGAGAGAAAAGCAAUGAUCAGCCUUCAGUGGUGAGAGAAGUUAAGAAUGUUGAAGUUCAUGAGGUAAGAAAGACUUCUGAAAAGAAGUCUAGAAAGCAAAAAUCUAACAAAUCACAAACUUAUGACCUUGCAAAGGGACAUUCAAAGGCUUCCUCUUCGGUGCAAUUGAAAACAUCCGAAACUGAAGUGCCAGUUGUUGAUACUAACACUGCUGGACGUGACAUUGAUGUUUUGUCUCCUGGGAAGAAAGAACAGAACAAAUCUAGUAUCGCCCCCAUGGAUUCCCACUAUGCUGUAAGCACUUCAGCUGCUAACAUUGUCAUGGCUGAUGAUGUAACCAAAGAACUCAAGGAUGAGUCCUGUCUUUCUGGCUCUUUCCCAGUACAUAACCCAGGUGCACAGCCUGCGGUACGUGCUUGGAAACCUGCUCCUGGUUUCAAGCCAAUGUCACUAUUGGAAAUCCAACAGGAAGAACAGAGGAAGGUUCAAAUGGAGGUGGCUGUAUCAGAGGUUACUUCUGUGAAUUCUUUGAAUUUGUCAACUCCGUGGGUUGGGGUUCUGUCUAGUUCAGAACCCAAAGUGUCUAGAGAAAGUCAAAGAGAUGCAGGUUUAGCCGAGGUAGCUAUUGUGAAAUCUGAAAGUUCUUUAAAUCUGAUGACUAAAAAGAGCCCGAAGAGCCCAUUACAUGACCUGCUGGCAGCAGAAGUUUUGGCAAAAUCCCGGGAAAAAGCUGUUGAUGUUCCUGAAACUAUUUGUACAUCUUCUGCCAGUGUUGCCACUGCAAAUGUGGAGCCUAUUGAUGAUGACGAUUUUAUCGAGGCUAAAGAAACUAAAAAGAGCCGAAAAAAGUCCAAAGGAAAGGGCACUGGAGCAAAAGUUUUAGUUCCUCUUAGUACUGCUGAUGUGCAUCCUGUUAGUGCUAGUACUGUUCAGAAAGGCAAAGGUUCUCGUCCAGCACAGCCGGAGAAGGAGGUAUUGCCUUCAGUUGCCUCGGGUCCUUCAUUGGGAGAUUUUGUUCCUUGGAAAGAGGAGCAGAUUAACCCUUCCCUCACUCCAGCAUGGUCUGCUGAUUCUAAGAAACUAACUAAACCCACAUCAUUAAGGGACAUACAAAAGGAGCAGAAGAGGAAUUCCUCUUCCCAUCCCACUAGUCCAAUAACAAUUCAUAAAUCCCAACCAAAUCAGUCAGCGUCCAUUGCAUCUCCAUCAAAGACUGCCUCUCCGAUCCAUAUUAAUUCUCAUGCAUCUCAAUCAAAACAUAAAGUAGAUGAUGACCUAUUCUGGGGUCCAAAUGAUCGGACAAAGCAAGAAACAAAACAAGGUGAUUUCCCACUUUUAGCAAAUGUGGGCAGCUGGGGAGGCAAAAGCACUGCCAGUAAAGGAAAUGCAAGUGGUUCAUUAAGUCGGCAAAAGUCGGUAGGUGCUAGGCCUAUUGAGCGCACUCUGUCACCCUCUCCUGCCUCUGCUCAGUACUCCCUUAAAGGGAAAAGAGAUAUGUUGACUAAGCAUUCUGAGGCCUUGGAUUUCAGAGCUUGGUGCGAGAGUGAGUGUGUUAGGCUUAUUGGGACAAAAGAUACAAGUUUCUUGGAAUUUUGUUUGAAGCAGUCUAGAUCCGAGGCUGAGAUAUUUCUUGUAGAGAACCUUGGAUCAUUUGAUCCGAAUCACGAGUUCAUUGAAAAAUUCCUCAACUAUAAGGAAUUGCUAGCAGCUGAUGUGCUGGAGAUUGCUUUUCAAAGGCGUCAGGACGGAACGUUAACAGAGUUGGGAACCAGAAAUGUAAAUUCCAGCAAUACAAACGUUGUCGAAUCCAACCAAGAUGGAGUCGACCCUGAUGGGCCUUUGAAGGCGGGAGGGAAGAAGAAAGGGAAGAAAGGAAAGAAAGUGAGUCCGGCUGUUUUAGGAUUCAACGUGGUCAGCAACCGGAUUAUGAUGGGCGAGAUUCAAUCGGUAGAAAAUUUAUAAGAAGCAACUUUGAUCACAACGAAAAAGGGCUAUAUGUAUUAACGGUAUUUGGGAUUAAUCUUUGGUUCCAUCUGAACUCUAUUUCUUUUUACUGAUAACCUCCCCUUUCUCCUUGGUAGCAAAAGGGUAACCUUGAAGAACGUUACAUUUUUGUCUAGAAGUUUCAAGAGACCGUUCAUGUUUUGUAUAAUCCGUAACAGAAAGGAAGUUAUAUUAUAACUGGCUUUUGUGGGAAGA